AUGGUGAUGGCGCAUACCCGGCGCGCCUCGCCCCAACUUGCCAGGGCACCCCCCGGCCGGGGGCGCAGAGCCCGCGGGCGGCGAGCUCAGGACCUGAGCGCGCGGCCGGCCGGGCUCGCGGGGGGCGUGGAGGAGGGCGCGGCGGAGCUGGGUGGGCGGCUGGCGGCGCGGGCCCGGAGGCCGGGCGGCCGCGCGGGGCGAGCUGGAGGGGAAAUGCCGGCCGGCGCACGACGGCCGCGGCCCGGGACUGCGCCCCGGCCCCGCACGCCUGGAAAAUGGGGACGCUGCUCUCGGCGAUCCCGACUAGCGCGUCUGGGCAGGUCCCGGGCCCCGGCCGGCGCGCUUCCUCCUCCGCGCCUGAAAUAUGUGUUUUAUGGAAGAACAUUAAGAAUACUUUUAGUUGGACCACCAGGGACAGGAAAGAUGCUUCUUGCUCGAGCUGUGGCUGGAGAAGCUGAUGGUCCUUUUUAUUAUUCUUCUGGAUCAGAAUUUGAUGAAAUGUUUGUGAGUGUGGGAGCCAGCCGGGAAGCAAAAGCAAAUGCUCCCUGUGUUAUAUUUAUUGAUGAAUUAGAUUCUGUCGGUGGGAAGCGAAUUGAGUCUCCAAUGCAUCCAUAUUCAAGGCAGACUAUAAAUCAGCUUCUUGCUGAAAUGAAUGGAAAAACUGUGGAUCCAGAAAUUGUAGCUCGAGGUACUGUUGGCUUUUCUGCAGAGUUGGAGAAUCUUGUGAACCAGUCUGCAUUAAAGGCAGCUCUUGAUGGAAAAGAAAUGGUUAUCAUGAAGGAACUAGAGUUUUCCAAAGAUAAAAUUCCAAUGGGGCAUGAACGUAGAAGCAUGGAGAUUGACAAUAAAAACAAAACCAUCACAGCAUAUCAUGAAUCCGGUCAUGCUAUUAUUGCAUAUUACACUAAGGACGCAAUGCCUAUCAACAAAGCUACAAUCAUGCCAAGAGGGCCAACACCUGGACAUGUGUCCCUCUUGCCUGAGAAUGACAGACAGAAUGAAACUAGAGCUCAGCUGCUUGUGCAGAUGGAUGUUAGUAUGGGAAGAAGGGGGGCUGAGGAGCUUAUAUUUGGAACUGACUAUCACAACAGGUUGGCUGUAAAGAAUGGUGCUUCCAGUGAUUUUGAUAAUGCAGCCAAAAUUGCAAAGCGGAUGGUUACCAAAAUUUGGAAUGAGCAAAAGCUUGGAGUUAUGACCUACAGUGAUACUGGGAAACUGAGUCCAGAAACUCAAUCUGCUAUUGAACAAGAAAUUAGAAUCCUUCUAAGGAUUUAUAGCCCCGGAGCGGCGAGCAGAGUGGAGGCCCCGCCGCCCCGCCGCCCCGCCACCCCCGAGCAGCGAGCUCAGCAUAGGCACCGUGGCCCCGCCCUCGCGCCACCCCGGAGCGGCGAGCCCAGCGGAGGCCCCGCCGCCCCGCGGACCCGGCGCCCUGCCACCCCUCUGCCCGGGAGCGGGGAGCCCAGCGGAGGCCCUGCCACACUGAGAUCUGAGAGGCUUGGGCCUCGCACAUGCGCGUUGGGCACCUUUAGUCACUGCCCUUUAUGCGCAGGCGCAGCCACGCCGGAUUCAGAGGUGCGCAUGCGCAUUUGUGCUUGGCGUCCUAGUUACCGUUGUUAG